AUGCCCGCUAUCCAAGUCGGAGCCGCAAAUGCCGCCCACGAUGUCGCAAGGCUUUUCACCCGCGCAACCUCGAGCCGGACAAGUAGCAUCGGCAGAGCCCGGACCGGCGUCAGAGUCAUCGGAGGCGGCAUCAUCGCCGCGAUCGUCAUCGGCGUGAUCCUCUUCCUCGCCGCGAUCAUCAUCGCCAUCUGUCUCUUCCGCCGCCACAAGAACAAGAGCAAGAGGCGUCAGCAGGAGAUGCAAAAGUACUACGGCGGCGACAACCGCUCCAGCAUCGGCACUGACGCGCCACCUCCUCCCGCCCAGGGUUAUGGAAACAGCAACACCAACAGCGGAUACGGCUAUACUCAGGGUUACGGUCAAGGUCAGAACCAAGGGUACGGAUAUGCGCACAUGGCUCAGCCAGGUCAGGCUGGGUAUGUGGCGCCGGAUUCAGGUGGCGUGGCUCCCAUGGCGCCUGCUUAUACUGCUAACCAUGUUACACACACGAAAUAA